GUUUGAAUCUGCCCUUGCAGCGGCAACACUAUUAAACGGUAACCAGAACCUUAUUUCUUCUGUCUCUGUCCGUUGGGCCUCCCAGACGGAAAAUCACAAGCGCUGAUCAGCCAAUCGGAAAAACCGUUCAGCCGUAGCACACGCAACCGCUGUUCCAGCUCGGGCCGAGUCUGUAUCUCGCCGGGCGAUAUCGAAUUCUCCGUCCGGCGGCUACGCUCCGAAAGAAGGAUCGUGUCCGGACCAACCGCUGAUCCGGACCGCGCGGAACAUCUCGGACGGCGAAGCCGACUUCCUCGAGAAGCGCCAUGUGGUCACCGACGCUGCUCUCCGGGACUUCCUGGGCCGUGCGGGCAUGACCGACUUCGACUACGAUGCGUUCAUCGACUCGUACUCGCCCACGGUUGCGCUGGCGUUCUCCGGCGGCGGGUAUAGGGCCAUGUUGAGCGGUGGAGGAGUGAUCAAGGCUAUGGACUCCAGGACCCCCGGCACGACCGGUACCGGCCAGGUCGGUGGACUAUUGCAGAGCGCAACGUACUUUGCCGGCCUUUCUGGUGGUUCGUGGCUUCUGGGCUCGGUCAUCCUGAACAACUUCACCACCAUCGGCGGCCUGCAGAGCAGCGAUGACUUGUGGGAUUUGGAGAGCAGUAUUUUGGCCCCGGAUUCGCUCUCGUACUACAGCGAUCUCCGGAGCGAAGUCAACUCGAAGGCGGAUGCUGGGUUUGAAACAACGUUGACGGACUACUGGGGUAGAGCUCUGUCGCGACAGUUUCUGAACUGGACGGAUGGCGGACCAGGAGUUACGUUCUCAUCCAUAGCCUUGACCGAUGGUUACAAGAACGCGGAUCAUCCGUUCCCCAUCGUUGUGGCCGAAGAACGGCAUCCUGGGGAGUUGAUCGUUUCACGGAACGCUACGGUCUUUGAGUUCAAUCCUCUGGAGAUGGGAUCGUGGGAUCCAACGCUGUACUCAUUCACCCCGUUGGAGACCCUGGGUACGAAUAUGACCAACGGCCAGCCGGAGGAGGAUAAUGUUUGCGUUCGCGGGUUUGAUAAUGCUGGAUAUAUUCUGGGCACCUCAUCCAGUCUCUUCAACCAAUUCCUCCUCAACCUCAACUCUUCCGGUAUCAGCGGGAUCUUCCUGGAAGCGGCCCAGCGCGUCCUCUCCGACUUCUCCGAGUCCGAAACCGACAUCGCCGCCUACACACCGAACCCCUUCUACGGUGUCAACACCGACACCAACCCAUCCGGAGCGAUCCGCAACCUCACCCUCGUCGACGGUGGCUCUGAUCUCCAGAACCUCCCGUUGGUCCCGCUGGUGCAGCCAUUCCGCAACGUGGACGUAAUCUUCGCCUUCGACAAUUCCGCCGACACGCUCAACGACGACGCCACGACGUCGAACUGGCCCAACGGCACGGCGAUGGUCGCAACAUACGAGCGGGCCAUGCACGGCGACAUCUCGAACGGCACGCUGUUCCCGUACAUUCCGGACACCAACACGUUCGUGAACCUCGGGCUCAACCGGCGGCCCACCUUCUUCGGCUGCAGCGCCCAGAACAUCACCGCCGGCCGCGCCAAUGCCACCGCUCCGCCGCUCGUCGUGUACAUGCCCAACACCCCGUACACCUACAAGAGCAACGUCAGCACCUUCACCAUGUCGUACAAGAACGAGGAGCGCGACGGGAUCAUCGCCAAUGGCUGGAACGUCGCCACGCAGGGAAACUCUACCGUGACGGACGCGAACGGCUGGCCCGCGUGCAUCGGCUGCGCCAUCAUUCACCGCCAGCUCGAACGGACGGGCGUGGAGCAGUCGGAACAGUGUAAACAGUGCUUCACGGACUACUGCUGGAACGGGACCCUGGCAACCGAGGACCCGCCGCAGUACGAGCCGGCAAUGUUUAUCAAGACCAGCGCUGGCAUGCGGGUUACGAGUGGGGGAAUGGCGCUUCUGGUUGCGGUCGUUGCUGGGCUGGUUGUAAUGUAAUAUAGGAGACGAAUUUUAGGGCUUUUUUGGACUAGAUGGUAUGCUCCGACCUGGUUAUGUUUCCUGCGGGAGGAAGAGGCUGAUUAACUUGCAAAGCCGG